AUGCAUGGCUCUCUACACAGUCUGCUUGUCGCUUCUCUUCCUGACCUAGUCUUGAGCAAUUAUCUUAGCUCGACUGCAUUUUACAGACAGAACUGGAAGAUGGCUUCAGACAAGAGUGAGAAUUGCCUUGGCUGGGCUGCCAGAGAUCAAUCAGGAUUUCUAUCCCCAUAUAAAUUUAACAGAAGGGUUGUUGGGAAAGAUGACAUUUCAGUAAAAAUAACACACUGUGGAAUUUGUUAUGCUGAUGUUCUCGCUACCAGGGGAAAAUUCAGAAAGUCAUUGUACCCAGUAGUACCAGGUCAUGAGAUAGUUGGAACUGUACAAGUAGUUGGAUCUGAUGUUCAUCGCUUCAAAAUCGGCGACCAUGUUGGAGUGGGACCAUAUGUCAAUUCAUGCAAGAAUUGUGAUUACUGUAAUGAUGGGCUUGAAGUGCAUUGUGCAAACGGAGUUGUUACCACCUUUAAUAGUGUUGAUGUCGACGGCACCGUCACGAAAGGAGGAUACUCCAGUUUCAUUGUUGUUCAUGAAAGAUACUGCUACAGAAUACCUGAUAGCUAUCCGCUAGCUUUAGCAGCACCAUUGCUGUGCGCUGGCAUAACAGUUUAUACUCCCAUGAUUCGUCACAAGAUGAACCAACCAGGAAAAUCCCUUGGGGUGAUUGGACUAGGCGGCCUCGGUCACAUGGCUGUGAAGUUUGGAAAGGCUUUUGGAUUGAACGUCACAGUUUUCAGCACAAGCAUUUCGAAGAAGGAGGAAGCCUUGAAUCUGCUUGGAGCAGAUAACUUCGUAGUCUCAUCUGACAUGGAGCAAAUGAAGGCCCUGGAUAAAUCCCUCGACUUCAUUAUUGACACAGCAUCAGGUGAUCAUCCAUUUGAUCCUUACGUUGCAACUUUGAAGACCGCUGGAGUCCUAGUCCUGGUGGGCGCUCCAAGUGAAAUCAAGCUCAGUCCUUUGAGGCUUCUUCUUGGUAUGAUAACCAUUUCUGGAAGUGCAGCAGGUGUAUGGGAGGGAUAUUCAGAAUCUGAUUUGUUGCACCUAACAGUGACUGGUGAGAGAGAUGCGAUAGAACAAGUUUGA